AUGGAGCUAUCAGGGCUUGGUAUACGGUGGCGCUAUUUCGGGUUACUUUGCGCGACAGGCUGCGUGGCGGUUUUUCUUAGGCAUCACUACAGAUAAGCGGUUCAACGCGAUCACAGCGGAGCACGACAAAGCCGCACACUUCGCGGUGUUUGCGCUGGAGUCGUGGCUAUUCACGCGCAGCAUAGUCACGCGGCACGUGGCUGUGCCGGGGCGAUGGCUGCAGGGCGGGGACGUGGAACAGGGCGCGCAGGCAGCGCGUGUCAGUAAGUACUGGGUGGCCGGGCUGGCGUGCGGCGCAGCGGCGGCGGUGCUGAGCGAGGUCGCGCAGCAUGUGGUGUCGCGUGGGCGGCGGGUGUUCGACGUGUGGGACGUGGCGUGCAACGCGGCAGGCGCGCUCGUGGGGGUGGGUGCGGCGUGGUGGCGCGAACGCCGAUAG